CAGACUUGUGAGGGGCUGUUCCUUGUGAAGGUUCCUACCUGAGGAUCUUGAUUUGGCUUAUUUGGCCUGACCAUUUCGCGACUUUAUUCCAGCUGAGUUGUUUCCUCAUUGACUCUCCAUUGUUUCAGCGUCACAGGCAGUUAUGUUUUACCAUUAUCCGCCAAGUGCCCCGGACGAGGUAGACUCGGGGCACAUGUUAGGGGCGAACUUAGGGCGUGGCACCGAAUACAAGGACCCGUAUUUCCCGGCCAGUGGGCGAUCGCUUAACUUCAGAGGGAACACACCCCCAGGAUUCGUCUGGAAGAGGCCUCAUGAGAUUUAUACUAAUCCAGUGUUUAUUGAGGACGAUGCUACACAAUAUGACAUUGCCCAAGGAGAACUUGGAAAUUGCUGGUUCAUGGGAGCGGCAGCGUCAAUCGCGGCCACAAACCGGAAGUUGCUCACGAGAGUCAUCAUGCCCGUGAAGCAAGGCUUUGGCAGAGACUACACAGGUCGUUUUGUGUUCCAGUUCUGGCAAUACGACCGCUGGAUGAAGGUUGCCAUUGACGACCGCCUCCCCACCUACAGGGGUCAGCUGGUAUACGCUCACAACAAGAAGAAUCCACGGGAGUUUUGGUGUGCGCUCCUGGAAAAGGCGUUUGCUAAAUUGUAUGGUUGCUACGAAGCGCUUUCGGGCGGGCGGAUCCACCACGCCUUCGUGGAUAUGAGCGGAGGGAUAUCUGAGUGCAUCUCCCUCCAGCCAGACAAAGUAGUGCACGAGGCCCAGGAGCUCUUCACCCUGCUUCAGAGGACACUCACGAUGAAUUCGCUCCUCGGCGGAAGCAUCUUUAAAUCCGACAAAACAGCUACCAGAGAAAUUCAGCGAGUCAAUGGUUUGUACGAAGGGCAUGCUUACAGCAUUACCAAGCUUCAAUCUGUGACGGACAAGUACGGCAAAACGCACAACCUACUGAGGCUAAGGAACCCUUGGGGACAGAGGGAGUGGAAAGGAUCCUGGAGCGACAGCUCGUACAUUUGGAACAGCCUGAAUGAAGAAGAUGUUGAUGAUUUGAGACGUAAAGACGACGAAGGUGAAUUUUGGAUUAAUAUGGACGACUUUAUCGCUAAUUUUGACGAAAUCGAAAUGACACAUCUUACUCCGGAUGCCUUGACAAAUGAGGUCGCCCAAGACAUGGAAAAAAAGAUUUGGGAAACUGAAGUGCACAAGGAUGCCUGGAUCCGCGGAGUGUCAGCCGGGGGUUGUGGGAACCCCCCAGAUAAAGAGUUGUACUGGAAGAACCCACAGUUCCGGCUGAAUCUGGACCCAGCCACUGAUGGAAGCACGGUGGUGAUAUCGCUGAUGGAGGUUAUGACUGACAGGAACGCUGACGUCUACAUCGGCUUUGAUAUUUAUGAGCUGAAACCGGGUUACACCGAAGAACCCCUCGGAGAGGAUUAUGAAAGUCGGGCUCUCACCCUCAAAAAGAGAAGUGGGAGCUUUAGUCCUAAUCGUGAGGUGACCUUGAGAUUUGACCUCAAGCCGGGUAAUUACGUCAUCAUCCCGUCUACAUACCGUCCUCAUCAAGAGUCAGAGUUCUUCCUGAAAAUAUUCACAGAGAAGAAAACGCGGUCUUGGGCAUUGAAUUGGGACCUGUUUUCGGAGAUUGGCGAGGAGAGCACAGAGGACGAAAUAGAAGUCUUGUUCACUCGGAUUGUCGGUUCGGGCAAAGUUGCGGACGCCGAAAAUCUCCGAGACAUCCUGACUAAAGCUAAACACAACAACUGGGGACAAAGUGACGGCUUUUCCUUGGAGACUUGUCGCAGCCUUCUCGCCGCAAAUGACUUCAAGUCUAGAGAGGGUGAGAUAGACGUGGCCACUGUGAGAGCUAUCUGGAGGGACAUUAACACAUGGAGGAAUGCGUACAACACCUUGAUGCAAACCAAAGGGAGACCGGUGGACACGUACGAUCUGCGAGACCUCUACAAAAUAGUAGAUAUACACACAGUGGGUAGGUAUACCGUGGGAGCUGUACUAAACAGUGAGUUUACUGUUACACAUGUACACACAGGGGGACUCCCUGUUGGCAAGGACCCGCUGCGUUCCAUAGCUCGCCGUUAUGGGGGACGAUCGGGGCGGAUAGCGUUUGAGGACUUCGUGACCAGCUUGGCUCGGAUACAGUACAUCAGGAAAUCAUUCCGCCAAAUUCGUCGACAGACGUCUGUCAACAACACUAUCACAUUGGAUAUGUCACAGUGGAUGGAGACGUGCCUGUACCAGUGACGUGUGAGGCAAUCAACAGAGGCCAUCUUUGUUAUCCCGAAACAGGAAAAUGUUGAAGAACAGAUAUAUGUAAUUUGAGAAAACCUCAUUUUCCCUACCUCUGCUCGGAGAACGAGUAGUCUUCAGCCAUCUGCCUUCAUUUGACGCUUAUCCAGAUGUCAUUCUAUGCACACGUGUUCCCCACUAACCAUCGCGUGCAAUUCCUCAUUGGCAUCUAAGGUUCUAGGCCCGGAAUGCAGAAUAUAGGUCAUUAUGCAGUUGACGAUCUUUCUUUUCUAUACCUUUCCAUACCAGGUAAACUCCACUUGGGUUGCGAAAUGUAGAAAAAUAAAGCUUCAGAAUAUGCUUGAAAACAUCUGAGUUUAGCGUAUAAUUGUUUCUGUUCUCCACAAGGCAUCUUCCCCAGCGCUAUUUAUGUGUACUUGUUCCUACAUAAGACACAUUACAAUUAGAGCUAACAGACCUGUGUUACAGGACAAUUACGU